CGCAGCAGGGAGAACCGUAUAAAGGACAUCACAGAACGGCAACUGUCAUUCAUUCGUCUCGAACCACAGUCAUGAAGAGUUUGGUGCUCGCUCUGGUGUUGGCUGCUGUAGGAUCCGCAGUGGCGCAGUACCCGCGCUACUUGGAGGUGGUGCGCAACCCCAGGGUCCCCGACCUGUUCUAUGGCUCGACUCUGGGACCUCACAACGAGACGUGGUACUUCAGCGCUGCCGCCACCGUCACGUCCUUCAUUAUCCCGUCGCAGGUCAGCUUCUGCGGCUCAGGUCCAGCGAAUGGAACGUACGAGGAGACGGUUGACCUUUUCCUGUACGAGACGAAACUCUCGACGUCGCCGGCUCAGACGUACUUGCUGGCGUCUGGCUCGUUCAACGGCACCGCCAACUACGGCCAGGAGCUGGAGAUCCCGAUGAGGAACACCACGCUAGAUAGUGCGCCCCAAGUCGGCGCGUACGUCAACAGCAACAACGGCUUCUCGUACACGCUCAACAUCGUCUUCAACAAGACCGGCAUCUACCCGUGGUAUAGGACGAGGGCGCUCUCCACUUACUCCGUCGUCAGUCCCUUUUCGAAUGGCGCUGGAAUUGCCAUCGGACUGACGUACUUUAUUGGCUAAGAGGUUGUUCCCAAUCAGUCCUUUACAGUGAUUAGAUGCGGGACUAUACUGUCGCAAUGGCUUGUAGACUUGAUCGUUAUUCGCUAUUCAUUCUGCCGUUGCUGCCUUGGUUCAUAUUUCAAACAAUAUGGCCAGCUGACUCAUUUCGCACAGAACAGUGCCGAAAAACGUUGGCUUUCUAGGUCAGCAUUUCAGCUUCAGUUUGUUAUCAAAACGUCUGACAACAAAUUGAAACUGAGACGCACGCUUAGACGGAAAACAUUUUACGUCCGUUGUCUGUGAACAGUGAGUCAGCGGGCCAUAUUGCUGAAAGUAGGAACGUCAAAGUGACUUCCAUUCUGUCUUUGAAGCAAAGCUAGUAUGUUUAAUUACUAGUUGUAUUGAAUGUCGCAUUAAAAUUUUUUCGAAAAAUGCUUUUUGUGAUACAAGACUCACACCAAAAGCAGGUUUCGCCGAAGUGAAAGAUAAACACUC